AUGACAGCCACGGGGGGGGCCACGCUCCCUGCAUCGGGGUCUAAGGGUGAAGAUGAGGAGAUCAGAACACUGGUUUCCGACGUUAAGGAGAAACUUGAAGAGGCCGAGGCAAUGGAGGCCUCAGCUGCUGAUCUUGAAGAGAAUCUGGAAUACCGUGAGGCAAAGGAAGUCUUCAAGAGAGCUUUAGAUAUUCGCGUGGGUGCGUUAGGUAAUGAGCACGUCUUGGUAGCGCGGAGUUUAAACUGCAUGGGGUGUUGUCUCGCGACUCUUGGCAAAUACGUCGAAGCAGCGAGCUUGCAUCAAAGCGCAUUGGACAUCUGCGAAGCGCGCAAUUACCGCCAGGGCGUGGCAACCAGCAUCGGUCAUUUGGGAGCGGCGAUGCUGAAGCAAGGUCAUUUCUUCAGGGCUAAAGAGUACUGCAACCGAGCAGUGGAGAUGAAAACACGGCUGCUGGGAGGGCGGCACCCUAGCGUGGCACACAGCCUGAACGACCUGGGAAUGGUGAUGUAUGAGCUGUCGGACUUGGUCGGUGCCGAAAGGUGCUUCGCCGAAGCUCUGGACAUUACGAACGACGAGGGCAACUUGGAGGCUGCACGGAGCUUGGGUGGCCUGGGAAUGGUGAUGUGGGAAUACGAUAGCUAUCAAAAGUCUGAGGUGCACCACAGAAAAGCCCUGGCCAUUGCAAAGCGGAUGGCUUCUGACGGUCACCCGGCUAUUGCAGAGAGCCUCACAAAUGUAGGGGUGGCUAUUUCUUGUCAAGGCAGGCUCUCGGAAGCCGAAGAAUACCAUUACCAGGCACUGGCUAUGAGGAAACGAGUUCUGGGCGAUGAGCACCCCGAUGUUGGCGAGAGCUUAAACAACAUCGCCACUGUGCUGGGCGAGCAAGGAAGGCUUCCCGAGGCUGUGCACUGCCACUGGAGGGCCUUGACCAUUUGGGAACAAUCUCUGGGGCGCUGCCACCCGUGUGUUGCAUCGAGCUUGCGAUGGCUGGGACGUUUGAUGUCCCAGCAGGAGAGAUUUUGCGAGGCUGAACAGUACCAUAGGAGGGAAUUGAGUAUACGCCAAAAAGUCUAUGGAUGCCGUCACGCAGAGGCUGCUUGGAGUCUGUUCGACCUUGGAUUGGCACUGCGUAAUCAGGACAAGCUUGUAGAAGCGGAGGAUGUCUUGGAAACGUGUCUCGAAGUAGAGAAAGGGCUCCCAGGCUACAACGCUGGGAACGCUGCAGCAGCAAUAACAGAAUUGGACAAGAUUCGCGAGCAGAAGAGCGACAUUCAAUAG